AUGUCUUUCCAUUCACCACGCAAAGUUAUAUUGACCCCGGACCAGUUGUCGCACUUCCAGCAGUCCAAGACACACCAGGACGUCAUCGGCUUCAUCGAGGAGCUCAAUGAGCGUAUCGUAGGCGUGAAGCUCACGGACGAGUGUGCGCAGUCUCCCGGCAUUAUGGCUGUUAUGGGCGUGCUUGAGAAAGUUGAGGAGACGGCACGAGGUAUUCCGCCAGUCGAUAACAAGGCAUCGCGCUUCGGGAACCCAGCUUUCAAGACAUUCUAUGACAAGCUGCAAGAGCUUGCACCCGAACUGCAUACAACACUUCCCAAUCUCCCGCCAGAAGCUAUCCCCGAAAUCUCUGUCUACUUCUGUGAAUCAUGGGGUAACCGAACACGGAUAGACUACGGGAGCGGCAUGGAGCUGAACUUUCUGUGUUGGAUGCUGUGUCUCGAGCGGCUAGGAGUUGUAACGAAGGAGGACCAAGUCGCGCUGGUCACCCGGAUCUUUUGGAGAUAUAUCCAAGUAAUGCGUAUCCUACAAUCAACGUACUGGCUCGAACCUGCUGGUUCGCAUGGCGUGUGGGGCCUCGAUGACUACCACUUCCUACCUUUCCUUUGGGGUUCAGCCCAGCUAAAGGGUCACAAACACCUCCGUCCCAAAUCAAUCCACGACAACGAAAUCAUGGAUGAGUUCGCGAAGGACUACAUGUACUUCGCCUGCAUUCAGUUCAUCAACUCCAUUAAGACCGCCUCCCUCCGCUGGCACUCGCCCAUGCUCGACGACAUCUCGGCUGUCAAGACAUGGGACAAGGUUAACCAAGGUAUGCUCAAGAUGUACCGUGUCGAGGUGCUCGGCAAGCUGCCCGUCAUCCAGCACUUCCUUUUCGGGUCUCUGCUGCCAUGGGACGGCCCCAUGCCGCCACCACGCACCGACACGGACGAAGCAUGCGGACACGGGCACGCACAUACGCACGACGACAGAGGCGCUGCGGGCCAGCGGGAGGUCGGGUGGGGAGACUGCUGUGGCAUACCUGUACCGUCUGCGUUCGGCGCGGCGGCGGCAGAGAAAAGCAAUGCAACAGGACUUGCUGGGCCGAAUAUUAGGCCGGUGCCAUUUGAUUAA